UGUCUGUUGCGUUUGCUCAUUGUCGAAACAGCCGUUGGCUGCCUAAAGUGGUACCGUUUUAUAUUCUGCUGACGCAGCACUUCCUCCCAGCUCUGCGGCCGACGUACUUGGUUGACCAUGUGCUACGAUCAGGUUAUCGGAAGCGUGGAAUAAAGCUUCUCCCCUCAUCAACGGUUUGAUUGACCGAAUUGAACAUCGUGCACCGAGACCGAGUGCAAAUCUUCGGAGGCAAAAGACCUCGACCAAGCAACAAGCAUCAGCGCACCAGCGUACAGAACGGAUUAGCGGACGGAAGCGAUAGAAAUAGGUGAACGACGAUGGCGGUUUCAAAGUACAGUGUCACGUUCGUGCGACACGGCGAAAGUGAGUGGAACAAGAUGAACCUCUUUUGCGGCUGGCACGACGUGGGACUCAGUGAGGAGGGAGAAUGGGAUGCCCUGGAAGUGUCUGCUGCGGCGCUUAAGCGUGAAAACAUGCGCUACGACAUAGCGUUCACGUCCUGUCUACGUCGCGCCAACCAAACACUAGAGGUCAUACUGAAGGAGCUCAAACUAACCAGUAUCCCGGUGCGGCAGCUGUGGCGUCUGAACGAACGGCACUACGGGGCACUGACGGGCUUCAACAAGCGCCAAAUGGCCGAUAUCUAUGGCGAGGAGCAGGUCCAGAUAUGGCGCCGGAGCUUCGACAUUCCACCGCCCGCGAUCGAACCAAACAAUCCGUACUACCAUUCGAUCAAGAACAAUCCCCGUUUGCGGCACAUCAACGAAAAGGACUUUCCGACCACGGAAACGCUGGAAACGACGAUGGAGCGGGUCGUGCCGGAGUGGACGGAUUCGAUUAUACCUGAGGUACGGGCCGGCAAACGGGUACUGGUCGUGGCCCACGGGACAAGUCUGCGUGGCCUAGUGAAGCACAUCCAAGGUAUUUCAGACGCGGACAUCAUGAAGUUCAACCUGCCGAACAGUAUUCCAUUCAUCAUCGAUUUCGACUCUUCGAUGAAGAUGGUGGGCAACAUCCGGUUUCUCGCCAACGACGACACUGUCCUGAAGGCGAUGGAAAAAGUCGCAUCGAUAGGUGGGAAGUAAGGCCUCGCUGUCUCUACUUUUCCGAUGGUCGAUGGUCCAGUGUAAAGCUCUACCUCACGAUCGCCUGGAGCGCUGAUCGAAUUUUAGCAUUCGGUAAAUUGGGGUGCUUGCCUUGCUCCUUCUUUUUGUGUACGGUCGCGAACCGACGAGGAUAUCUUUUCCGCUUGCAGUUUUCAAGUAUACCUAUAUAAUGUCUGUCCUUUUAGAUCUUUUAUUUGCAUACUUUUCCCCACUUUUAUAUUUAUUCUUAUAGAUUUCGAAAAUAUUUGUCCGUUUAUCGUAAAAGGCAGAAGCAAUUUUGUUUAUGUUAUUUUUCUACUAGUAGAAUAAACAUUAAUUGGAUUUUUAUUAAUUUUAAUGCAUGUUUUUCCGUGUGUGCGAAAGUAAAAUAAAGUACUAUUUAAUAUACACAA